AUGGAUCCGAUUUACACAAAUUGGUUUCACCAUGGAGAAAGACUAAUUAGUAAUGUUGAUACUACAAGUAAGAUGGAAAUAUUCAACUUGUUUGAAGCUACACGUACAAAUGAAGAACAUAACAAGGAAGUUUUUGAAGAGAAUUUGGAUUGUGACAUUAGUCGAUUGGUGAGGGUUGCUGAAACUCCGCUGUAUCCAGGAAAUGAAAAAUACACAAAGCUAUCUUCAAUUGUGACCUUAUAUAAGCUUAAAACUAUUAGUGGUUGGUCAGAUAAUAGCUUUAUAGAACUUUUAAACAUAUUACAUGAUAUGUUACCUCAAGGUAAUGUAAUUCCUACAUCCACACUAUCUGUAAGAAAAUUUCUAAAGACAUUUAAUUUAGGAUAUGAGAAGAUUCAUGCAUGUGCCAAUGAUUGCUGUUUGUUUAAAAACGAUAAAAAGAAACUAGAUAGUUAUCCAAAAUGUGGUUCUUCGAGAUGGAAGGUCGAUAAGCAGACACAAAAGAGUAAAAAUGGUGUACCUGCUAAAGUCUUAAGAUACUUUCCUAUAAAACCUAGAUUCCAGAGGAUGUUUAGUACACCGAAGAUGGCUGAAUCAUUAAUAUGGCAUUCGACCAAUCUGAGUGUUGAUGGUAAAAUGCGUCAUUUAGUGGAUUCUCCAUCUUGGGCUUUAAUUGACAACAAGUGGCCAAAGUUUGCAAAUAAUCGACGCAAUCUUAAGCUUGUGCUUGCUACGGAUGGUUUCAAUCCAUUCAACAAUUUUAGCUCUACAUAUAGUUGUUGGCCAAUAAUUAGAAAAUUUGCAUACAAGGGUCAUAACAGGUUUUUGUCACCAUCUCAUCCGUUAAGGAAAAAGAAAUCUUGGUUUGAUGGGCAUGAAGAAAAGGGAAGCAAACCUAAAAUUAUGUCCAGUAGUAACAUUCUAGUUACUCUUAAAGAUUAUGUCAAAAAUUUUGGGAAAGUUCAGAAACGAAAAAGAAAGACAGAUGAUGGGAGCAUGCUAACAUGGAAAAAGAGAUCAAUCUUUUUUAACUUACCAUAUUGGGAGGUGCUAUCGUUACGUCAAAAUUUGGAUGUAAAGCACAUUGAGAAAAAUAUAUGUGAAAGCAUUGUUGGUACAUUAUUAGACAUAAAUGGUAAAACAAAAAAUGGAUUAAAUGCUCGUCAGGAUUUACAAGACAUGGAAAUUAGGAAGGAGUUACAUCCAGAGGAACGAGUUCAAAUGUAG